UGAGUUGGUAUUGAAUUAUGACAUUUGUAAUUGACAUGUCAUCAUUAGCAAUGGCGUCUUGGUCUGCAUUAUUACCCCCUGUAGCUUUCAGUUUGUUCCCACAUAUAGGUGGAAUUGCUGGUACCUUUUUCACACGCCCUACAUUGAAAAAUUGGUUCAAGGACUUAAAGAAGCCAGCAUGGACUCCACCUAACUGGGUAUUUGCACCUGUAUGGACCACACUUUACACAGGUAUGGGUUAUGCUUCCUACCUUGUCUAUCGUGAUGGCAAUGGUUUUAAGGGAGAUGCUGCUGGUGCUUUGGCAUUGUAUGGAACACAGCUGGCACUCAAUUGGGCAUGGACACCCAUUUUCUUUGGAGCUAGAAAGAUGGGACUGGGUGCGCUGGAGAUAGUAACAACAGCAGGAUGUGUAGCUGGAUGUAUUUAUAUGUUUUGGGGAAUCAAUAAGAAUGCCUCCUAUCUAAUGAUGCCUUACUUGGCAUGGCUGUGCUUGGCAUCCUCCAUCAAUAUUUGGGUUUGGAUGAACAAUAAACCAGCAGUCAAAAAUGAGUGAAAACUGCUUCUGUUUGUUAUGCUACAGUGUAGUUGAAGUGAACAAACUAUAUUGCCUCAAUUAGCUUGUAAGUGUUGAAAAUGAUAAUUGGUAUGGAUGGUAAAUGUAAAUAACAAUUGUGGUUUUAUUUACAUUAAACCAAAUCUUGUCCAUAAUUUGUUUGCAUGCAUCACCAUUCACAUCUUCAGUUGUCACCUCUCUCUCUUUCAAUUUCUUGUUUUAAUUUCUUUUUUGCAUUCCUUAAAUUCUUUUUUUAACUUUAGUUCAAGACUGCUUCUAUGACUUAAUGAUGUAAAAUUAAAUUAAUUGAAAUCAAAUUUUAUCAGAAAUUGUUAUGUAUUGUUUUAGAUAUACAUUUUCAGUAUCGUGAUAUUAAAAAUUAUAAUGAUUUUCUUAUUUUUGUAUUAUUUAUGUUUCAAACGCCAGUAGCAAUUAGAGUAAUCAGACUGAAGACUUUCACCUUAGAUUUUUACUAGACAUCUAUGGAUGAAAAUGAUAAAAUAAAGUAUGAAUAAAACAUAUUAAGAACAUUAGUAAA